AUGGUUGGACGAGUGCACGUGACCGACCAUCUGACGCUACAAACAUGCGGAGAACCUUCAUCAGCACCCGGGCCGUCGAGCGCCGUCUACCGCGCGUUUGGCGGCCAACAAUCACGGCGCACCUUUGCGACGCCGCCCAUCAAGAGCGACUCUCCUCCGUCGCCCGUUGACCCGUCCAAGGAGCAGGCACACCCUGUCGGACCCUUCUACGAGGCCAUUCUGCGUACCCCCGGGCCCCUGCCGCAGAAGAAGCCCGAACAGCCGCCGGUAACAUCCAAGACCUCCCCGGCGCAAACGCCCAAACCCGCGCCCGAGCAGCCCAAGCCCGCGCAGGAGAAGCCCGCCGCCCCCGCGGCCGAGACAAAGGAAAAGGAAAAGGCGGCCCCCGAGCCGGAAGCCGAAGACAAGAAGCCGGCGCGGCGCCCGCGCAAAGCAAAGCAGCCCGGCAAAGACGAGACCAGCCCGAGCUCCAAGGCCAAGUCGGUCCCCUCCUCCUCUUCUUCCUCUCCAGACACCUCCUCCCCCCCACCCCCGGGUCCAACCCUCCUCCCACAAUCACCAGCACCACCACCACCAUCAUCAAAACAAACAAACCGAGACCCAUCCCCGCAAGAAGAAGAACCGCGGUCUAACUCCGUACAGGCCCGGGCCCGCGUCGUCUUCGGGGCCAGCCUAGCCGGGCCCGCGGAGCGGGCCGAGCGGCUGGCGCGGCUGCGCGCCGAGAGCCGCGUGGUCGCCGGCGUGGUGGUGCCGCCGCGGCCCGAGGAGCCCGACAACUGCUGCAUGAGCGGGUGCGUCAACUGCGUGUGGGAUCGCUACCGCGACGACAUGGAGGAGUGGGCGGCGCGGGAGGCCGAGGCGGAGCGCCGGCUGGCGGCCGAGGAGGCGGGUGGCGUGGUGGGGGUCACGGAGGAGGUGAUGGAUGGGGUAGAGAGGGGGCGGGGGAUGGAGUUGGGCGUGCAUGAUGGGGAUGUGGAUCGGGGGGUGGUCAGUGUGGAUGAUGACGGGGGUGGUUCGGUGGGGAAUUGGGAGCUGGGGUCGCCGCCGCCGCCGCCGUCGUCGUCAGGUGGGAGGAUUGUAAAGGAUUUUUGGGACGAGGAAUUGUAUAAAAAUGUGCCGGUGGGGAUUAGAGAGUUCAUGAAGCAAGAGAAGAGACUCAAAGAGAAACAUCGGCGCGAGGGGACUGUGGGGGGAUAG